ACACUUUGAAAGGCGUAACAAAAGUAAUCUGCUCAAACGCGCCCAAAGCUUCAGGACAGGACAGGACAGGACAGGACAGAAACGAACUAGGUAGAGAGAGAGAGCGACAUACGUUAGCUACUGUUGAGAGAAAGUGCAGAUUUAGAUCGAUGGACAAACGUGAAAGGAAUACGGUAUAUGUUAAGUAUUGAGCUAGCAUCGGAUUUAACGUUAUUACGUUGACACUUCUCAAAGGAAUACAACAAUGUCGUCGCCAAGUCCAGGCAAGAGGCGAAUGGAUACCGACGUGGUAAAACUCAUCGAGAGCAAGCAUGAGGUCACCAUCCUCAGUGGACUCAACGAAUUUGUGGUCAAGUUCUACGGCCCACAAGGAACACCGUAUGAAGGAGGUGUAUGGAAGGUACGAGUAGACCUACCGGAUAAAUACCCCUUCAAGUCUCCAUCUAUAGGAUUCAUGAAUAAAAUCUUUCAUCCCAAUAUUGAUGAAGCGUCAGGUACAGUGUGUCUAGAUGUCAUCAACCAGACAUGGACAGCCCUGUACGACCUGACCAACAUCUUUGAGGCGUUCCUGCCCCAGCUGCUGGCCUACCCCAACCCCAUCGAUCCUCUCAACGGAGACGCUGCUGCCAUGUACCUGCACCGACCAGAGGACUACAAACACAAGAUCAAAGAGUAUCUCCAGAAGUAUGCGACAGAGGAGGCUCUAAAGGAGCAGGAGGAGGGAGGCGACUCCUCAUCUGAGAGUUCCAUGUCAGACUUCUCCGAGGAUGAGGCUCAGGACAUGGAGUUGUAGUGAAGGGGAGACAACCCCCACUCCCCUCACACACAGACUAUAAUUUCCUAAAGAGCAGAAAGACUAUUAUAUACAUAUAAACAUGGCCAUUUUUUUAUUACUAACCAAGGAUUUUUAUGGAUUAUAUGUAUGAGAAGCGGCGGUGUGAAAUGUGAAAAUGUCACCCUCGUCUAGAUAUUCUUUAUAACUCAGUCAUAGUCGCCCUCUACCACCACCUCCACCUUUACCUCCACCACCACAACCACAUUAUUACCCCCUCUUACCCAGAAAGGAGUGCAGCAUUCCCAGGAUCCUAAAUUCCCUCUGCUGUGGUCUGGAUCGUAUUCUCAUCGACCGUUGACCCACUAUCCGCGGGGUUGGCAGAAAGCAGAUUUAUUCUUUUUUCAGGGAUACAAUAUUUUCAACAUAACUUCCGUUUCCCCUUAAAAACGGAUGUGGGGACUCAGCUCAGGCGCCUGCUACAUUAGGUUACCUUUGACCCAACCCUGAUAGAACUGAUGGGUUGAGACCAGAGAGCAGUGCACCAUGGGAAGACAAGAGUGUCAGACUGUCAUUGUCAUGACGGAGACAGGGAUGGAAUGUUUAUACUCAGUAACCCGGCCACCCCCCACUCUAGUUUGAUUUUUAAUUCUCAGAAUUGUUCUAUAUUUGAUUAAGUGUGUGACUCACUGUUUUGACAGACACAGAUUUUUACCCUCCCCUUGCUCUCAGAGAAGCUCUCUGGCUCUAGUGCACGGCCCACUGUUUCUGGAGUCAAUACCACAAUAAGGAAUCGCACUUUGAGAUGCAAUUUCACUUGUUGACUUUCUACAUUUUGGGGGUUGGAAGCUACUAUCAGGACCACCACAUGAUCACUCCUUCCCAAGGAUCAGUUAGUGGGUUUCAUCCAGACAUCCAAUAUGGCUGCCAUUGACCUCUCUGUCAGGCCUCACCCCAGAGGCCAGUAUAUUCUAUCCAACCACCACACCCUGUUUGUCAUAGAAAUGGUUCUCUAAACAAGCCUUUUACCCUGUAGUCAGGAGCACCAGCACACCAACCAAGAGACACCUUACCACACCUCUUCACACCAGAGUUGAAAGGGGUGUUGAAGGUGGACUGAACAUCGUUGAUUUUCUCUUUCUUUUCUCUCCUCUCUGCUCAGUGACUCCUUCAGAGGCUUGCUACUUGUUGUUUUCACAAAGGGAGGGUAGGAGUUCUCUGAUGUGUCUGUGUGAGAGAGAACCAAUCUUAUGUUUUCAGACCCAACUGAUCCCAAUGGAAGCGAACCAGACUACUAGAGCCAUAGUAGUUUGUCAUCCUCGGUGACAACCCUAACAAACAACACACUGUUGUCGCUCUGGAGGAGAGAACCACAGAGACUAACUACUGUCAUUCCAGGAGCUGUCUGUCACUAAACAAACUCACAUAAUCAUGCACCAGUCACUCCUUUAGCCAUCCUCUUCCUCCUAGUUAUCCUCUUCGUCCGUUUUCUCCUCCUCUUCCUCCUCUCCGUUUUAGGAAAGUGUUUGUGAUUCUCAAAACAUCCUUUGGUACCUUGUGACAUGAUACAGAAGUGAAGUUGUGUAGGACAUUGAGUUUAUAUGCUGUAGAAAAAGAGAAAAGACACCUCUUGUGUGAUGGAUGGGUUUCUAUCUAGAUGUCAGCAGUGUCCAGUCAUAUCCACACUGAGGGCCAGUAUAUGGCCAGGUUUCAUUCCUUCCAAGCACUAUUUGGAUUUCUGCCUUCAUAGAAGACUAUUAUUAGUUGAAUCAGGUGUGUUAGUGCUUGGUUGAAACAGAAGCCUGGAGCCAUACGACUGGCCCUCUGUAGAUAAGACUGGACAGUCCUGAUCUAGGGGUUGGGUUGGAUUGAGUAGUUGUGUCGGGCAGGGCAGGGCUGGGAGGUUGGAAGGUUACCUUGGGACGUGUUGGAUGGAAUAGGGAGUGACAUGGGGUGGGAUGCGCAAGGAACAAACCAGGUCCUUGUUGCCUGUUGCUUAUGUUAAACUGUAAUAUGUGUAGUUUAGGGCUUGUUCGUGUGCUGGGUGGUGAGUCAUAAUUAUAAUCUAUAGUUUUAUUUCUUCUAUCAUCCUGUAAAGGUGAACAGAUAAAUACAUUUUGUUUUCAUUUGAGUUUACUUUUUUUUCUCUCCUGGUUUGAACCUGAUCCUCCAAAGACAUGUUGCAUCCCUGUCUCCUCUCCCUUAUGGAAAUACCCCCCUCUGUCUGUAUUCUCAGUUCAGUGUGCAGGUGGACUCAUCUAGCCUGGCUGUCUGCUGUAGCCAACUCCUUUGUCGUUGUUCUUAUGUAAAUUUGGUCUAAAGCAGAAAUGCAGAAAUCACCGUCUGAUAUCCAGGCUAGAUGAGUGCACCUACAUACUCAGACUGGCUAGCAGACAGUGUUUUUGGUUUUCAGUCUGUGUGAUCACUAACUCAGGAGCAGCACAUUGGGAGUGCUCCACGAUUUUUCUCCCUUACUAUUGUCAUCAUUAAAAGGCUACUCAUCAACCUACACAGGACAGGGUGUCCCAUUCCUGCCACAGUAAACUAUAUGUGCCCAAACCUAUCCCAAUGUGCCCAAUUCGAUAUCCUAUCCUCAUCUGUGUGCUUAGUUAUAUAAUAUCCUAUAGGUCACAUUCUGAUUGUUUCAGAUAGAAAUUGGUCAUGGUUGUCUGUUCCACACGAGAGGAUCUUGUCCAUUCUGUACAUGACAGAUCUAUUUAUGAUUUUCUUAACAUUGUGCAUCAAUUCAAUAUGCUACUAGUGAUGUAAGUGAAAGGUCUAGGUCCUAGACUGAAGGAGCUGGUUGCAUAUUACUGGUUUAAUGACGGGGACUCUUUGCACUAACAGAUGUCAGAAUGCUUCAAAGCACUGUCAUAACAUGUGAUAAGACUGACAAGCCUGUUACAGAAGUGUACUGGCCACUUGUCUUGGGUCAGAUGAGAAGAGAUGGUUUUCUUAAAGAAAUACAAUCUCUUUCAUUGGGGACAUUCUAGUCAUAAACAUUAGAAUUUAAUCACAAUUGAGUUCAUCUCUGUUUUCCUUUUCACAAAAUGCAACAACUGUACAAUGUAUAAUGUUGACAAUUAAUAUUUAACGUAUUAGGGUUCAGGAUUGAAGUUACAGAAAACAUACCGAACCCCCACCUCAUCCCUACAUUCUGAUGCUAUUGUUGCUACUUGUCUGUAAUUUGUAUUUUGCCUCCAUUAAACUAAGAACAGGAGAGUCAAAGAGA